AUGAAGUACUUUUUGGUGUUAUUGGCUUUAAUGCCCUUGGCAUUGGGUCAAAAAGAAAUUUUGGAAGUAGCCGUUGCUGCCCAAGAUCGUUCCAUUUCCAGUCAAAUUGUCGAUGCCAUUGAAGCUGCCAAAGAACAAAUGCCAUGCGGUUUCCCCGGUUUGGGUAUUCCACCAUUGGCUCCCUUGAAAAUUGCUCACAAGGAAUUGAACAUUGAUUCCGAUGCCCUGAUGGCCAUUGGUGAAAUUAACGAUUUCCGUCUAUACGGUUUGAAUGAUUUCGACAUUGUGCAAUUGAGAAUCCAAGCCUUGUUGCGUAAGGGUACCUUUGAAUUUAACUGGAAUCAUGUGUAUUUGGAAACCGAUUAUGUCAUGACCACUAAAGUUAGCGGUGUUAAAAUGACCCGUAAAGGCAAGGCCAAAUUCGCUUUGAAGGAUCUCAACAUCCGUGGUGGCUUCAAAUACUCCAUGGGCAUUUUGGGUGGUUCCAUCAAAUUGAAUUAUUUCGAUUUGUACAUUUCUGUUGGUGAGGUUAAGUCUGAAAUUAGCGGUCUCUCCAAGAUCCCUAUUAUCAACAGGAAAUUGAAUCAAGUCAUUGAGGAGUGGGUCUAUUUGGCCAUCAACGAUAAUACCGAAAAUGUUGCCCUCUUGACCAAUGGCUAUUUGGUACCAGCUGUUAACGAAAUGAUUGCUGAUAUGACCUUGGGUGAUAUUUUGGGUAUGGUUGGUGGUGGCGGCGGUAGCGGUGGCAAUGGUGAAUCCGUUGAAAAGGUACCAUGUGUUCCACCAGAGGAAGAUUAA